AUGAGCAAAGUCAAGCCACCUCAGCCCCCACCCUUCUUCUCUUAUACCCCAAACGCCAUCGCCGAAGCUGCAGAUGCUUUGAUUGCUGCUUCUGCCAAAGUCUGGGACCAUGUCGCGACUAUUGCACCCAAUGAUGCAACUUUCGCCAACUCGAUCCAGCCUAUAAUCGACGAUGAGAACGCGCGUCUCGCACAAGGCCGCAUUCUGUAUUUCCUCUCGGGUGCAUCCGUCGACAAGGACGUCCGGGCCGCCUCCAAGCGGGCCGAUGUAGCGCUCAAGCAAGAUGUCAUCGAGCGCUGCACACGUGCCGACGUCUUCGCUGUUGUCGAAGCCGUCUCCCAGCGAUCCGAUGUUCUGGACCUUCCUGCCGAGUCGCAGGUAUACCUGCGCAAGCUCAAACAAGAGCUCGCUCGUAACGGUCUUGCGAUUGAAAAGGAUUCAGAUCGUGCGCGGCUCAAGGAAAUCAACCUGCGCCUCACGGAACUCUCGAGCCAGUUUCUUGGUAACAUCGAUGCCGAUGUCAGCGGGAUAUGGUUGACGAAAGAGGAACUCGACGGUCUGGCACCGGCCGUGCUGGAGCGCUUCAAGCAAGAUGAUGAAGGAAAAUACUUUGUCAACUUCAAGAGACCCAACAUGAAUGCAGUCCUGAGCGACGUGCACAAUGCAGGUGUCAGGAGGAAGUACUACAUUGCUUGGGACAACCGUUUGAAGGAGAAGAACAGCACGCUGCUACAUGAGAUCCUUCGCCUGAGGCGCGAGUCCGCACUGUUGUUGGGUUACAGGAACUUCGCCGAGUCUAGAGACCAGGAGCGAAUGCUGAGUGCGGACCGUGUUUCCGAGUUCCUAGACAGUCUUAAGCAGCCGUUCAGGCAGCUUGGACAAGAAGAACUCAACGAGCUGGCUGAGCUGAAGAAAACACACCUACAGACCCUCUCCGCCGAACAGAAGGAUGAGUCCUCCAUCGAUGCCAUCUUCCGUUGGGACUCCCAGUACUACAAGCGCCUGGCUAAGUUGGAGAAAGUGGCGAUCGACACGACCAAAGUGGCCGAAUAUUUCUCAUUCCAAUUAAUGCUACCCAAGUUACAGGAAGUAUACUCACUACUUCUUGGGCUCCGCUUUGUGACACUGUCACCCAAACACGAUGGUGUAGACACCUGGCAUGAAGAUGUUCAGGUCUUUGAGGUAUGGAAUAGUGAGAAUCUGGGUGGAGGGUUCCUGGGUUACUUGUACGUCGAUCCGUAUCCUCGAGACGGCAAGUACAGCCAUGUCGGUGUUUUUGGUGCACAGCUUGGGUACCUCAAACCAGAUGGUACACGGCAGUAUCCUUCAGCUAUUUUGAUGGCAAACUACCCACCUCCGACCCAGUCAAGGCCGAGUUUGAUGAAGUAUCAUGAUACCGUGAACCUGUUCCACGAGCUGGGCCAUGCUGUUCACAACUUGGUCGGUCGGUGCAUGUAUAGCCGCUUCCACGGUUCUCAAGUGACCCGCGAUUACACCGAGAUCCCAAGCCGCUUUUUCGAGCACUUCUUCUGGGAUCCGAAUAUGAUUCGCGCCGUCUCGUGCCACUACGAGAAUCCAGAGCUCAACAUCAAGCUGCCCGAAGAUAUGGUCCAGAAUACAAUCGCAACACGAUACGAUCACGCCGCAGCCGCAAAACUGAGCGACUUGGCAUUUGCCAUAUUUGACCAGGUUGUUCAUACUACAUGGGAGCCGACUGAAGACAACGAGCUUGAGCUUUCUGUCCUAUUCAACAAGAACCGCCAUGAGUACAGUUUGCUGCGAAGCGUCGAGGAUCUUGGGCAAGGCUACGCUGCCCUCCACGGCCAGACGCACUUCCGAGCCAUCCAGGGCGCUUAUGCUUCAAGCUACUACACAUACACCACGUAA